AUGAUUUGUCAGAUGUUAAACAAGUUGCAAGUCUAUGAGAACGAUCCAAGGGUGAACCUUGUGAUUUUGAAGGGAAAUGGGAGAGCAUUUUGUGCCGGUGGGGAUGUCACUUCUGUGAUAACUUUUAUCAUUGCAGGACAUUGGAGCUUUGGUGCGAGUUUCUACAGGAAACAACUCACUCUUGACUACCUGCUGGGAACAUACAAGAAGCCUCUGGUUUCGAUUUUAAAUGGCAUAGUAAUGGGAGGAGGAGCAGGACUUUCCAUGCAUGCAAAGUUUAGGAUCGUCACCGAGAAAACUGUAUUUGCGAUGCCAGAAGCUGCAAUCGGACUUUUCCCAGAUGUGGGGGCAUCUCAUUUCCUAUCUAGGCUUCCUGGAUUUUUUGGAGAAUAUGUUGGGUUGACUGGAACUAGGUUGGAUGGAAGUGAGAUGCUUGCAUGUGGCCUUGCUACCCAUUUUGUCCAUUCAAAGGACCUUGCUUCAUUAGAAAACGAACUGGAUUCCAUGAGUUCAAGAGGUGCCUUGGAUGUACCAACAGUUUCUCAAGUCAUCAACAGAUUUGCUCGUAAAGUACCCAUUAAACAAGACAGUGCCUAUAAAAGGUUGGAAAUGGUCAAUUCAUGCUUCUCGAGGGAGACGGUUGAAGAAAUAAUAUCAUCACUGGAGAAAUUAGCGAGAGAAGAAGGAGAAAGAUGGAUCAUGGAGGCAAUAAAGGACAUGAAAGCAGCCUCUCCCACAAGCCUUAAAAUUUUUUUAAGAACGGUAAUUGAGCCAAUAGCUUGGGAAGAAGGCCGCAUGCAGAAGCUUAAAGAAUGUCUUCUCCGUGAGUUUAAUGUUCUUUGUCACAUUAUGCGAAGAACUGUUAAUGAUGAUUUCUUUGAGGGCUCAAGAGCAAUGAUAAUGGAGAAAGACAAGAAACCACAGUGGAACCCUUCAAAGUUGGAGCUGGUGAGUGAUGAAAUGGUUGGUCAAUUUUUCAACAAGGUUGAAGACGACGAAUGGGUGGAUUUAGACCUUCCUCCAAGAUCAGACUCUCUCUACAUUUUACAGUCAAGGCUCUAG